AUGCCACCACCGGACCCACAUCAUCCACCGCCACCGCCACCACCACCACCGGACCCACAUCAUCCACCACCACCGCCACCGCCACCACCGACUACCGGACUCUUACGAUGUUCCUACAAGAAAGGCAAACACGCCAAAGUCUUUCAAGCUGUUCGCUCUGUCUUUCGGUCAUUCCCAAUCGUGUCACCAACUACAUGUCUAACCCCAUUGAUCCCCGUUGGCCGACUACCAGACGGCCAAGGCCAAGGCCAAGGCCACCGGACCACAAAUUGUGUUACCGGGACUCUAUACGGCUACAGAAACGGCCCUGUAACCCUCGCAAUACAAGAGAACCCCAAAACGCCACCAAUGAUGAUCCUAGAAUUGGAACUCGAAACCGGCAUCUUACAGACGGAAAUGAGUUUAGGUAUGGUCCGGAUCGCGUUGGAAUGCGAGAAAGAGCCGGAAAGAUUCAAGGUGAAGCUUUUGGAUGAGCCAUUAUGGACGAUGUUUUUCAACGGUAAAAAGGGGGGUCUCGGGGUGAAGCGGGAUGCAACCGAGGAGGAUUUGAACGUCAUCGAGUUGCUGAAGCCGGUGUCGAUGGGUUCCGGAGUGUUGCCGGAAAAAUCCGGCCCAGAUGGUGAGAUGAUAUACAUGAGAGCCCACUUUGACCGUCUGGUGGGGUCAAAGGAUUCAGAGACACUUUAUAUGAUGAGCCCUGAUGGGAACCGUGGGCCUGAAUUGAGUAUUUUCUUUGUACGGAUAUGAUCUUCAUGUUGGAAUUGGAUCAUUUUUUCUUUUGUUAAUGAGUGAAUUUGGUUAGGGUUUGUAAAAUAUAUUAGGAGGAUAUAAGACCUUGGAUGGUUGUUUACGGUAGGAUUUAAUUUUCGAUUGAUUUGUAUA